AUGACGGCGGUCGUGAAGACCGUCUUCUAUGACUGGGCGAUUCCUCGCAUGAACGCGCGCCACUUCAAAGUUUCGGCCUUCGUGGGGAAUCAAGGCAGUGUUCGGGUCUUUGAGAAAUUAGGAUUCAAGCACCAUGCGAAGCUGGACGACUGGGUGCAGAUGCCGGCUAGUCGAGGAGGCGGAAAAAAGUCGCUUCAUAUCCUUUCUUUAGAUAUAGAAUAG